AUGAAGGAGUUAUCAAGAAGCAAAAUCCCCAGAUGUAGUCGUGGCCUUCCUAUUCUGCUGGUGGAUCACGACACAACAUCUCUCAUGUACUUAGCAGCCAUGCUAGAAAGAUACUCAUACAAGGUGACAACGACUGUGCUACCGUCGGUUGCAGUCUCCAUGAUUCAGCAAGGAAACAACAGCUUUAAGCUUGUUAUGGCUAAUAUUGACAUGGAGGACAAGAAUAGUCUUUCAUUUCUGCGUGCUUUGCUUAAGAAGGGUAUCCCUGUCAUAGUGAUGUCCUCUGAAAGAAGUGAGAAUGUUGCCCAAAAAGCCAUUGCUUAUGGGGCAUCGUUACAUCUCCAGAAACCAAUUUCCUUCAGUGAUCUUACAUACCUUUGGCAACAUGCAUAUCGAAACGUCAAGAACCAAGCUAUAAAGUUCAAGGAGGUGGCUAGUCAGUCUAAGUCUGCAGUCGCUAGAAAUUAUAAUUUCAUUGGCAUUGAUGAGACCAAUGAUCCAAAAGGGAAGAACAAGGAAGUAGCUGAGACAGAUGUUCGCAUCCCAAAGACAAAUUGCGUAAUGGGAUUGAAGCAAACUCCCAUUGAACAUAUGCUGGCCAAAGAGAACCUAAAACAUGGAGAACCCUCAUCCGAGACAAAGAAAUCAUACGCUGAUAAAGAAGACAAGAGAGAAAACAAGAGAAAUAAACCAAACCCUGAGCUUGCUGACUUUGGAAAAGCGGAAACCGCUAAACAAGAGGGAGGGAAAGAUGAGAAGAACAACCAAAGUAGGUCCCCCAAAGGGAAGAAGUCGCGUCUUGUUUGGAAUCCGGAGCUCCACCACAAGUUUACAGCAGCCCUUAGUGCAUUAGGCGAUGAGAAUGCUCGUCCGAAAUCAAUAUUACAGAUGAUGAAUGAGCCUACUUUGACACAUCGCCAGGUUGCUAGCCAUCUGCAGAAAUAUAAAGCCCAAGUGCCGCGUCUUUCGACACCUAGGACCAGUAAUUUACCCGCGGUUAGCAAUGCAUGCACAAGCAAAUAUGGGAAAGCAGGACUUUUCGACAUGCUGCAGAAGAACAAGUCAAUCUUGAAUCAUCUGGAACACCAAAGUGCCGACUUCUCAAUUAGAGACUCUUUUCAAUUUCCAAAUCUGGUACAAGAUUCAACUGCUCCUAUCAGUUCAUUAUAUCAAAAUCAGCAGUUUCCGAUGGUGCCUCAAACCAUGAAUCAAAAGCUAAAUGUAACACUGGAUUCAACUGAUCCAGUUAGUUCUUUCAAUCUGACUCUACAGUUCCCAAGCAUGCUUCCCUACAUGAACCAGAACCUAAAUUUUACUGCUGGUUCUGAUUUCACAGAUUUACCAAAUCAAACUCAACAGUUUCCCAAUGUGCCUCAGUUUCCAGACGUGCAUCAGUUUGUGCCUCAGAUGCAAAAUUUUAUUCCAGAUUCAACUCCUACUAGCGUUUCACUGAAUCAGGGUCAAGUUUUUGUAUCAUCUUCUCAACCAACACAAGGAAUAAAUUCUACCGUUGCACAAUGUCGCGCAAUGCCCGAUGCAAACAAAUUUCUAACAGAGAUCAUUGGUGGAGACUCAGGGGUGGACGCUACAGCACAUGCGGCUACUCCAUCAGCACCUUCUGAAAGUCAGCACCAACACUCACCAGAGUUGGCUAAUUUGUUGAAAGUUCUUGAUGAGGAGUCAGAUGCAACCAGAGGUUCUGGCAUUGAACCACAUCCAGGUGAGGUUGAUCAAUUUUGCGAAUGGCUAAAGGAAGCUAUUGUUGACAAUAAUGAAAAUCCUUACUUGGCUUCGUAA